AUGGCUGCCUGCAGCAGUGAUCUGGUUGGCAUGGAGAACAGCAUGAAGACUGCAGGGCCUGCUCUGGAGGUGCCUCGCAGGCUCCUGCCCCAGGUCCGAGGGCGCUGCUCACACUCUCCCGUGCGCCCUCAUCUAUCCGCCCUCCCGGGGCCUCCGGGCCGCCUAUUCCUGGGGAGGCGCGGGGGGCGGGGGGGCGAGCUGUGCGUGUCGGUGCGUCCCCACGUCACGUGGCGUGCGUCCCCCGUGAGCACAGUGCGUGUCUCAGGCCCGCGGCGUCUGCUUCCCCGGGAAUGGCCACAGGCAGUCACCAGCGCCUUCACUGAGGGGCGCACAGAGCCUGUCCCUGAGCUCUUGUUGCUGGAAGCCGGCCUGCAGGAGGAAAUGCCGAUGGAGGUAGAGCCCAAGGGCUGUGUGACUGAGAAGCCACGGACCAGAGAGGCCAGUCCGCAGGCACAGGACUCCGUGAUCGUAGAGGAUGUGGCGGUGGUCUUCACCCAGGAAGAGUGGGCUCUGCAGGAACUUGCUCAGAGAAAACUCUACAGAGACGUGAUGAUGGAAACCUUCAGAAACCUGGCUUCAGUCGACGGAUACAAAACCUAUUGCUGUCCGUCCCCCUUCAUUUUACAUUCAUCAUUUCAUAACAAAGAGAAAUGUCACGAAUGUCAAGAAUGUGGGAAAGCCUUCAGUGAUUCCUCAGCCCUCACUAGACACAGUAGAACUCACAGUGGAGAGAGGCCUUACAAAUGUAAAGAAUGUGGAAAAGUCUUCAGGCAUGCCUCAAACCUCACCGCACAUAAGAAAACUCAUACUGGAGAGAGGCCUUAUGAAUGUAAGGAGUGUGGGAAAGCCUUCAGUCGCCUCUUACACCUCACUACACACAGAAGGACUCAUAGCGGGGAGAGGCCUUAUGAAUGUAAGGAGUGUGGGAAAACCUUUAGUCGAUCCAACUGCCUCUCUGACCACAUAAGAACUCACAGUGGCGAGAGGCCUUACGAAUGUAAGGAGUGUGGGAGGGCCUUCAGUUAUUCCUCAGCGCUCACAAAACAUAUUAGAACUCACAGUGGAGAGAGGCCUUACGUAUGUAAGCAGUGUGGCAAAGCCUUCAGUGAUUCCUCAGCUCGAACUCAACACAUAAGAACUCACAGCGGAGAGAGGCCUUACGAAUGUAAGGACUGUGGGAAAACUUUCAUUCAGAUCUCAGCCCUCACGAAGCAUAUCAGAACUCACAGUGUGGAGCGGCCUUACGAAUGUAUGGAGUGUGGGAAAACCUUUCGCUGUUCCUCAUAUUUUACUUUACACGUAAGAACUCACAGCGGAGAGAAGCCUUAUGAAUGCACGGAGUGUGAGAAAGCCUUUGGUGAUUCCUCAGCCCUCAAGAAACAUAGAAGAAUUCACAGCGGCGAGAGGCCGUAUAAGUGUAAGGAGUGUGAGAAAGCCUUUAGUCGUUCUUCAAACCUUACCGCACAUAGAAGAACUCACAGUGGAGAGAAACCUUACAAGUGUGUUGAAUGUGGUAAGGCUUUUAAUCAGCCCACGGCCCUUCGUACACACAGCAGGAUUCACAGCGGCGAGAAACCUUUCGAAUGUAAACAGUGUGGGAAAGCGUUCAGACAAGCCUCAAACCUCUCUACGCAUAGAAGGACCCAUGGUGCUGAUGCUUUAUGA